GAAAUGGGUUCGUGGACUAGAAUGUGGCCCACAGAUUGGGCUGUUCUCAUGAAAUCAUGGCUUAUCUUUUCCCUGGGGGUCUACAUGCAGGUGUCCAAAACUUUCGCCUGCCCAAAAGUGUGCCGCUGUGACCGAAACUUUGUCUACUGUAAUGAGCGAAGCUUGACCUCAGUGCCUCUUGGGAUACCGGAGGGUGUAACCGUCCUCUACCUCCAUAAUAACCAAAUUAAUAAUGCUGGAUUUCCUGCAGAGUUGCACAAUGUCCAGUCUGUGCACACAGUCUACCUGUAUGGCAACCAAUUGGAUGAAUUCCCCAUGAACCUGCCCAAGAAUGUCAGGGUUCUUCACCUGCAGGAAAACAACAUUCAGACCAUUUCUCGGGCUGCCCUUGCUCAGCUUUUGAAGCUGGAAGAGCUGCACUUGGAUGACAACUCCAUCUCCACUGUUGGCGUUGAGGAUGGGGCGUUCCGGGAAGCCAUAAGCCUCAAGCUUCUUUUCUUGUCCAAGAAUCACUUAAGCAGCGUACCAGUAGGCCUUCCAGUGGACUUACAAGAACUUCGAGUAGACGAAAACCGAAUUGCUGUCAUUUCAGACCUAGCCUUCCAGAAUCUUACAAGUCUGGAGCGUCUGAUUGUGGAUGGCAAUCUCCUUACUAAUAAAGGCAUAGCUGAAGGCACCUUCAGCCACCUCUCCAAGCUCAAGGAAUUCUCAAUAGUGCGGAAUUCACUGACCUACCCUCCUCCCGAUCUUCCAGGUACACAUCUGCUAAGGCUCUACUUGCAGGACAACCAGAUAACCCAUAUACCACUUACAGCCUUUUCAAACCUCCACAAACUGGAACGUCUUGAUAUUUCCAACAAUCAACUUCGGAUGUUGGUAAAGGGGGUAUUUGAUAAUCUCCACAACCUGAGGCAACUCACUGUAAGGAAUAAUCCCUGGUUGUGUGACUGCAGUAUUAAGUGGGUCACUGAAUGGCUCAAAUUUAUUCCCGCUUCCAUCAAUGUACGGGGUUUUAUGUGCCAGGGACCAGAGCAGGUCCGAGGUAUGGCGGUCAGGGAGCUCAAUAUGAAUAUGUUGUCAUGCCCCACCACCACCCCUGGUCUGCCGCUUAUCAUCACCCCAGUCCCAGCUACAGCCAUGCCAACUACAUUAGUUCCCACCUCAUCAGUUCCUCCCCCAAGUAGCAAAUAUAGUCCUCUCACUCCCACCGUAGCCACAUUCCCCACUGUGCCUGACAGGGAGGACAGAGAAAGGGUGACACCUCCUAUAUCCGAACGGAUUCAACUCUCCAUCCAUUUUGUGAAUGACACUUGCAUCCAAGUUAACUGGAUGUCUCUAUUUACCGUGAUGGCAUAUAAACUCACAUGGGUUAAAAUGGGCCAUAGUUUGGUGGGAGGAAUUGUUCAGGAACGAAUAGUUAGUGGUGAGAAGCAACACUUAAGCUUGGUAAAUCUGGAGCCCAAAUCCACCUAUCGCAUUUGUUUGGUUCCACUGGAUACUUAUAACAAUUACCGAACUGGAGAAGACACUGUCUGUUCAGAAGCCACAACCAAGGCUUCCUUUUUGAGCAAUGGCAGCAACAUCCCCUCCAGCCAUGAGCAGACAACUUCUCAGAACCUGGGCUCCCCGUUUCUGCUGGCAGGGUUGAUUGGGGGUGCAGUGAUAUUUGUCCUCGUGGUCCUGCUCAGCAUUUUUUGCUGGCACAUGCACAAAAAAGGGCGUUACACCUCCCAGAAGUGGAAAUAUAACCGGGGCCGUCGGAAAGAUGACUACUGUGAGGCAGGGACCAAGAAGGACAACUCCAUCCUGGAGAUGACGGAAACCAGCUUCCAGAUUGUCUCCUUAAAUAAUGAUCAGCUCCUUAAAGGAGAUUUCAGACUGCAGCCCAUUUAUACCCCAAACGGGGGCAUUAACUACACAGACUGCCACAUCCCCAACAACAUGCGAUACUGCAACAGCAACGUCUCAGACCUGGAGCACUGUCAUACGUGAUAGUGAGGGGAGAUGGGGGUGUCUAGGACAAAGAGAAAAAACUCUGGAAAAAAUAACCCCCCAACAACAAUGAAAAAAUUACAUUUGAUAAAUGUUACACAGAUGCAUUUAUGCAUUUGAAUACUCUGUAAUUUAUACGGUGUACUAUAUAAUGGGAUUUAAAAAAAGUGCUAUCUUUUCUAUUUCAAGUUAAUUGCAAAUGGUUUUGUAACUCUUUGCUUUUUAAAUCUUUAAAAAAUAUUGCUAAAAGUACUGUACAGGGUUGUACAAUAAGAACCCAAUAUCAUGGCAAAGGAAAGAAUGACUCAUUCUUCAAACAUUAACCACUUUGCUGUCGAAGCUGUCUGAUGGAUGUUAAGUUUCUAGGUGUCCUGUAGUACAGGAAAAUAAGUGCAUAUUAAAACAGGGUCACUAGGAACGGACAAAAGCAAUUCAGAUAAAAUGGGUGCAACCCUUCUGACUUUGAAUCCGGCAGUUGCUGUUGAGCUUCAAACAAUUGAAUUACUUCUGUUCCCCCUUGGCAGUUCUGCAUUUCCUCCCUCCAACUGAAAGGUGGAGUUCUGAGUGCUACCAAAAAGGCUACUUUCUUCUUUGAUUAGUUUUCUCCCAAUACACUAGAAAUAGGAAAGAUAGACAGAGCUCUGUGUCAAACUCAAAGUGACCUUGUUUUCAAUUUGCAAAAGCUACUCUGAAAAUG